UGCCGAGAGACCUGUGAGUGUUAGAGCCCACUGCUCCCUGGACCCACUGGUGAAGCUCGGUGGCGACAGAUGAUUCCCCCAAAUCCUCCCACACACUAGGCUCGUUCAAGUUGGCUGCCCGUCGCUGAUAGUCUAAAGCAUAUGACUGAUCCAGCUGUUCAGCGGGACGGUGGGGUCCUAGGACAGAUGGAGCUCCGUACUGAGCGCAGCUGUCCCCGUGGGCUUGUAUUUUGGAGCCGAAAGCCUCUCCCGGCUGGAUGCCGAGAUCCGGGCGUCGUGUGCCGCAGUGGGGAACCGAAGCCAGGCGAGCAAAACUGAGGACCGAGAGCCAGUCUUCCUCGCGAGUACACGCUUCCCGUGAGCCCUGGCUUGUGCUGCACGAGACGCUGCCGCCGAGGGUCGCAGCCCUCCCGGCACCCUUGAAUCGUGUGUUUGUUUAAUAAGUCUUACCAAGAGCGUCCAUGGUUCCAGAAACGUCUUUCCCCAGACGCAGGGCUGCUCGAGGUAUUUGAGGGUCUGGUGUCGCGGCCUGGCGCUAGGCUGUGUUUGGACAUGUCACAUUCAUGGUGGGCAAUGAAGAGCCUGGCGAGAGUAGGGAUCUGCCCAAGGCCACAGAGACCAUUGGAGUCCAUGGGUCACAAUGGUGACUCUUGGAGUCCAGUCAUCUGGUCAGCCUCGUCUCGCUCCCGUUACCCUUCUUCUUCCACGGGGAAAACUGACACUUGGAGGGGGAGAAGCUUGAUCAGCCUCACGCAGCAGAUGAAUAUAGAGCUGUGUACGUCCUGGCUCUGGUUGAAAAUCCUCAACAUUCCAGUCAUGUGCAGAGGGACCACAUACGAUGAUGGACAUCUAGCUUGAGAAGUGGAGUAUGUACCCUCAUGCAUCCCCUUUGUGAGGACACAACCCUGAGGGAAAUACAUGCCCUUGGUGGACCCAAUGUCGUCACAGGGGCCUUUAAGGCAGAAGAGGAGGUCGGAGUUACUGAUUAGAAGAUGCUACCGGCUGGCUUUGGAGAUGGAGGAGGACCACGGAGGGAGGCGGAAGUCACAGACGGAGGAAGAGGCACCCAGAAGAGCCCGCAAGAGAGCAGAAGGUGGUGCUAGCUCCAAUGUCUUCUCCAUGUUUGAUCAGUCCCAGAUCCAGGAGUUUAAAGAGGCCUUCACCAUCAUGGACCAGAACCGGGACGGCUUCAUCGACAAGGAGGACCUGAGGGACACGUUUGCCGCCUUGGGCCGUAUCAAUGUGAAGAACGAGGAGCUGGAAGCCAUGGUGAAGGAGGCGCCUGGACCCAUCAACUUCACUGUCUUCCUGACCAUGUUUGGGGAGAAGCUGAAGGGUACGGACCCCGAGGAGACCAUACUCCAUGCCUUCAAGGUGUUUGACACUGAAGGGAAAGGUUUCGUUAAGGCUGAUUUCAUCAAAGAGAAGCUCAUGACCCAGGCCGACCGGUUCAGUGAGGACGAGGUCAAGCAGAUGUUUGCGGCUUUCCCGCCAGAUGUGUGCGGUAACCUGGACUACCAGAACCUGUGUUACGUCAUCACGCAUGGAGAGGAGAAGGACUAGCAGGCCAGGGACCCCCCCACCAACAUUUGGAGGUAGCAAACGCCCAUGGUGUUUUGGGGGCGACCCCUGGUGAGCCCCCUACAGCCAACGUGUGCAAAGGAAUGUCUCCCCACAUCCCCCUGUCCCCAGCUCAGAGGCAAAGCAAGAAUAAAGAAUGCUA